AUAUACUGAAAGCUCAAGACCGAUGUGCAGCACCAAGGAGGGACUGUUAACUGUGGUUUCUACUUUGGAAAGCACUAAAACAGUUUUCUGAUACAUGAUAUUUUUGGCGCACCUCUCCUUGUUCCACCAACUCGUCUGAAGAAUGCAGUCCAUCAGAGACAUGAAGUCCAACUUUAGUACUCCGUCGUGCUCAAUUCCCGGUGGUCCCGAUGCUUAUCGCCAAGGCAACAUCAGGAUGACUCUGGAGAACCCAGAACUCUGGAAGUCCUUCCAUGAAAUAGGAACAGAGAUGAUUAUCACUAAACCAGGCAGGAGAAUGUUUCCACACUGUAAAAUCAACCUUUCUGGACUAAUUCCAUGUUCCAAGUACAUCUUGUUGGUUGACAUGGUACCUGUGGAUGGUUUCAGGUAUAAGUGGAAUAAAGAGAAAUGGGAAGUGACUGGGAAGGCGGAGCCUCAGCCUCCUUGUCGGACGUACCUGCACCCAGACUCUCCGGCCCCUGGGAGCCACUGGAUGAAACAGUCGGUGUCCUUCCUCAAGCUCAAGCUCACCAACAACACUCUGGACCAACAUGGCCAUAUCAUUUUGCAUUCCAUGCACUGCUAUCAGCCGCGCUUCCACGUUGUCCAGGCAGACGACAUGUACAGUGUACGCUGGAGUGUCUUCCAGACCUUCACCUUCCCUGAGACCUCCUUCACCUCAGUCACCGCUUACCAGAACACUAAGAUAACAAAGCUGAAGAUUGACCACAACCCAUUUGCGAAAGGCUUCCGAGACGAAGGAACUAAUACAAAAAAGCGUGCUAACAGAAUCCCAGCCUCAACAGAGAAAAAAGCAAAGGAAAUGGAUUAUCUAAGCAAAGACUCAUAUGAGGACAGCCCUUCAAGCUUACAGAGGUCAUCAUAUGAGGGAUACGAAGGAGAGCGGGCAGAACUCACUGAGAGAAAAGAGGAGGAAGUGGUGAAAGAGGAGCACUACUCCCCUUGGGGGCCUGAUAGGGAGCAUGGACACCACGGCCAGACAGACACACCCCCUGGACCCGACGUCAGGGACAUGUACAAUGCAGAGCAGCGAGUACCAACCCCAGCUUCAUACCAGCCUUACAGGUUCCAUAAAUACGGGAAGUCUCCAUCUCCGUCCUCCAACCUGGGCAGCAGCAAUGGCGGUUCUGGGCGGGCCAGCUUUGAGUCCAGAGUCCCUGAUGUAGCCACAGUCCCAGAGCAUGAGGCCUCCAAGCCCUCUGUUAAUGAGAUUAGAUCAUCUCCCUGUGGCCCGCAGCCCCUUGCAGGACAUCAUCCGGACUACACAGGGGUGCUCAACAUGUCCCAAGCAGGCAAGCCAGGGAUCCUCAGCCACCACAUCUACAGCCCUUACGGCACAGAGCAGACCCUGGGUCAGUGGAGCGGCCCCAGCCAUGCCCAGUACCCUCCCCCUCACCACCUGCCCACUGACUACAGUACCCCGGCUGUGCACCACGGAUAUCACCAUGGCAACGUGGCUGAGUGGAGCCAGUACCCACUCUUCUCCUACUCAUGCUGGUGAACCAUUUCCUCACAGUUUCUCCCAAAAGAGAAGGACUGCAGUCUCACAGGUGACUCAGUGAGACCUCAUAAAUGCUACUAUGCUGUCAUACCUGUGUUUCCCCUAGAGGUCUGUCCCAAGUCCAGCAUCACACCCUGAUGGCUGCUGGUCCAGAGCUCAUGGGCAUGCUGAGGCUGAGGGAGAAGGAUCUGGGUCCGAAGAAACAUCAGCAAGCAGAAAUGAUAAUGGAGUGGAACAGAGACAAUGUGCUUUAGAAUGACUACCAGAGUAGUGCUGUUGACUCGUCUGAUAACACAGCUGGCUUUAGGCCUGAAAAUGAAUAUGUUCCUACCAAUUAUAUGUUUAUUGUUGAAUUGUCUAUUUAUUUUGUUUUGAUUUCAUUUUUUUCAAAUAUUUUUGUAAAAAAAUAAAUGUUUUGUGUGUAAUAAAUAGCUUUAAUGAGAUUGUAAU